CAGCUGAACGUGCAGCUAAUCAAGUCUGAGGAAGUUGUAGCAGCGGUAACUAUGAACCAGCAGGUUAGAGACACUGAGGCGGAUGUAGCAGAAACUGUGGAGAAGCUCAAACAGAAAUAUCUGGAGAAGAAGAGGAAACAGUUGCCACCUUCAGAAGACAUUCCCUCAGGAACCAGUGAUGAAGCAAUACAAGGGCUCAUCUUGUCCCACCGACCCAGACAACAAAGUAAGGAGUUGAAAUGCUACAGCAAAGCUUUAAAUGAGCUGUUCAAAGCAGUUACCAACCACCCUGAACAGUUUGGUAGCGAUGAUAAUAGUCUGCAUGGGAGUAAUGAGGACCUAAGUGAGGACUUUGCAGCUGCCCCACUACAGGACUCUCAGCUGUUCACAGAGACAGGUGAGUGUGUUUCAGAGCAGGAUGUGACCCUUCCAUCCUGUCUGGAUAAUAGCCCUGGGUCCCAUGAAACUGAGCCAGACCGAGAGUUGCAGAGACCAAUCAACCAUUUCCCUGACUCAUGCUGCUCCUCAUCUGUGGUACAAGUAAAGGUUUAUCAGGAAAUGAUGGCCAUCUAUGAACAGCUAAAGGCAGAGCGACACGGCCAGCAGCAGUGGGAGAGGGAGCUGCAUGAACGAGAAGGAAGGCUGAAACAACAGGAGGAGGCUUUUGGGAGGCUGGCUGGAAUGGAAGAGCUGCUCCAUUCUCGCAUACUGGCUGUAGAGGAGAAACACCAGCAGGAGCUCAGCCAGCUGCAGGAUCUUCUUCGAGAGAGGAGCAAAGAGAACAAGAGGCUCAAAUCCAGCUUUGACACCAUCAAGGAGUUGAAUGACAACAUGAAGAAACAGCUGAAUGAGAUCAGUGAACAGAAUAAGAAGUUGGAGAGUCAGUCCAAGAGGGUGCAGGCUCGACUUGAGAACCUUCAGAGGAAAUAUGAACACGGCAUAGCAUCAAGAGGGUGUCAGAAAGAGAGCAUCCAGAGUAUUAAAUCAUCCAAAAAGGAGAGAGCAGCUGCCUCUGGAAGACCCAGCAUCAAGGGCAGCUCCAGUCCCACCUCACUAAAGCUCCUGGCACUUUUAUUGGACUGGGUCCUUGACAGACAGACGUUCUCAUCAGUAGCAGGAAAUGAAGGGAAAGGUGUCGGGCAGUGUCUGCCUCCGGAGGCUGUGCUCAAUGACAGAUGCCUCAAGGUGCUGCCAUUAUUAGCAGAUCAGCUUCAUCACACAUCUUUGACCGAACCUGACCUUCUCCUCAACCUUCUCCGCCUCAUCCACUGGGCCUUGAGACACAUGAACAACAGCACACAACAUGUAGCCCUCUCUGCCACUCUGCGACGGAUAGGAGAGGAAGUGUCGAAGUCAACUCCUGUGUUGCAAGAUCCAGACCUGCCCAAGUCCUGCAGUGUGACUGCUGGACCGCUCAGGAACUGUCCCCUCUACAGGAGCACCUGUCGACACACGCGUAUCCUCUCCACCCUCAUUAUCCUCCGCACCGUCACACAAGCUGACGUGUUGGCCCAGGCUCUGGACAGCCUCCACAGCGAGCUGACAUCCGAGGAGAGCCGAGGCCUGUUCAUCCACUAUGGAGGAGUGUGUGUGCUACUCAUGGUGUUGAGGGCGGGCCGUGGCUCACACACACCUAUAGACAUCCUGAUGCAGCUAACUGAACCGUCUCGCUACCUGAAUCCCUUCCUGGAGGCGUGUAGCUGUGAGGACUUUUUCCGAACAGCAUCCCAGCUCCUGAAACACCCUCGUCUGGAGCUCCCAUCACUGGAUAAGCUUUCUAUCCUUCUGCAGAAACUCUCCAGCGACAGGAAGAACCGGCGUCUGUUUGAGCUGAGCUCUCUCCACCUCCAGAUACAAGAGCUGCAUUUCAAAACCAGUCACACAGACACUUUCCUCUGCCUCAACCUCAGGUCCAUUCUCCACAACCUUAAAUAACGCACACACACACACACACACACACACACACACAUCUGCUGGAGUGGAGGGUUUCUUUAAAAGCUCAGAUUAAAGAAAAUUCUAUUCUCUUGAACACGUUGCUCGGUCUUUCAAGUCCACCCCAACAGUAAUUGCUUUAUGUCCGACUGUAAAGUUCCUCUGCGCUCCGUGCCUCUCUAUAACAUACGCACACCCACAUUCUUUAUUUAUGUAGCGAUGUUUUUGAAGUUCUCUUGUCUGUCAAAAGUACUUUAACGUUGUGUAUGUUGUGCGCUUUGUGACUCCUCUUGUUUUCUGUGUCCCAAGAAUGCUAAUCUGAUGUUUUUGUGUUUUCUGUGGUGGAAGAACUUGUAUAAAAUGAGUGUCAUGCUUCUCAGGGGCCUUAAUGGGAGUCUCAUGUGCUCAGAGGAGAAGCGCCUGUGACUAUGAGGCUUUUUAAUGGCAAUAAACAAAAAAGAACUAAAGAACAUUUAAGAUCGGACUGCAAAUAAAAAUGCCAAAAUGCAUAUGUUUUGUAUCAAGGUCUUAUUUGUUUGCAUGGGUGGGUUGAUGGGAGUAAUGGCCUCAGUAUGGGACACACUGGUUGUAUUGGUUGAUGGGGAAGAUUGGGGGGACUGGAACAAUCACAGCUGCUAUUUAAAAUAUAUUUAUAGAAAACCAAUGGGAAGUGCUUGACCACUCAGGAUUACAAAGGGUUACUUAACUUUUUAAGGCCCCGGAGGAUCUGCAUUCCAGAACCCGGUUAAAUUCUAAAACCUUUUUCAGGGCCGGGUUCUAAGAGGCUGGGAUUUACUGGAUCAUGUGUCUUUGGAUCCCUUUUAUUGUAGACUAUUUUAUUAAGUGCAAAGCCCUUGAAUUGAACAGGAAUGCAGAAUUUGAAAAUAUAACCCUGAAGCCGAAAAAACAUCGGUAUCACAUAAAUUCCGAAAUUUAUAAAGACGAACAUUUGAUGCAAGAAAAAGCUUGUUUCUGGGGGGAAAGAGUUAGAUAGAGUUUCUGUAGAGACUCGGGUCUAAAGAAAAGCUUUUUUUGAUUUUAGUUUACACAGGGUUCACCCAUGCAUCUGUUAUUUAUAUCAGUACUGAUAAAUAAAUUAUGCCUAAUGAGUUUGGUUGCAUAGAUUGUAUGUGUUUUAAAGCAUUUGUUAGUUGGCAGGAUUGCACAAAAACAAUCCUGGUGUAGAAAAACGAUUGAUCCACUUCAGCUUUUCAAAAAAAUGGUGAAUUUCUCUUCAAACAAAGCAGAGAUCUUUAUGAAAAAAAUAAUCAACCAUCUGUCAAGUGCUUAUAUAAAUUAAUAGGAUUUUUUUGCAGAUCUUGAUGAUAAAGAAGUAUUUUUA